AUGCCUCGGGCGGUCCAUGCGUCGGCGCUGGUGAGCGCGCCGGUGCUUGCGUGCUAUGGGACGGCAAGCACGGUUGCGCUCGCCGCUGUGCUUCUCAAGGCGGGCCUCGAGCAGCCCGACUACUUUGCCGCGGCGGCGUGGAUUACGAACAGCAACGGAUGCUUCCUAGUGCUGCUCAACUUUGUCGGUUUCGUGCUGCUGCUCUCUGGCCGCAUCACGCAGCUCAUUCUGCUGGGGCCGCUCCGGCGGAGUGAGUCGGAGCGGUUCGCCGAGCAGCUGUGGUACCAGCUCUUUGACAUGUCCUUUACCCUGACCAUGUUUCCGAUCGACUUUGACCUGCGCUACGUCUUGCUGGCUGCGGUGCUCAAAUUUACCCAGCUGUUCCACAACCUGUGUGGGAUACGCAUCGAGCACAUGGGGCAAGUGCCGGUCCUCCCGCCGGCCUUUCACACGCGCAUGGUUGCCUUGCUUGCGUGGCUCGGCGCGACGGACGUCGCCCUCUGCACACUCACCCUUCUCAUCACGGCGCAGCACUUUGGGCCGGGCAGCUUUAUGGUGUACAUGUCGUCCAUCUCGGUGCUUGCGCUGAUCGACUGCUGCGCGCUCGUGGCCAAGUACGCAUGCGAGUGCUACGAGCUGCGCCAGGACGAGCCGUGGCACGCCAAGAGCCGCUACCUCUUUUUUAUCGACUUGUUCUCGGACCUGCUCAAGUUUAUUACCUAUCCGCUGUGCUACGGCCUGUUUAUCUACUUUGGCGCGAAGCGCGCCACCUUCUUCCUGCCGUUCAGCGCGGUGCGCGACUUUGGGUUCCUGGGCUUUUCGCUGUUCAAAAAGGUGCGCGAGCUGAUGCGCUUCCGCGCAGCGACGCGCGACAUGGAGACGCGGUACCCGACACUCUCGCAAGAAGAAGUGCAGGCACUGCAGGACCCGACGUGCAUCAUCUGCCGGGAGGAGCUGGUCGUCGUCGAGACGACCACCGACGACAACAAUGUCCCCAAGAAGCUCGUGUGCGGACACGCAUUCCACUUCCGCUGCCUGCACUCGUGGCUCGAGCGGCAGCAGAGCUGCCCGACGUGCCGCCGAAAUGUGCUCGAAGACCCGCGCGAGGAGCCGCACGGCACGCAGGGCGAGCACGCGCACGCGGGCGCCGCUCCGGCGCAGGACGAGGGGGCAGGCGAGCCGGCAGACGCGCCGCAGCGCGGCCCAGCUACGCUGCAAGGGCUCCUGACCCGUUUUCCAGCUGCGCCAGGACCUGCGGCCGGUCAGGCGCCGAGGAACGAGGCACUGUUUGCGUCGCCCAGCGCUGCGGCGCGUGCUAUGCUCGACUCGCCGCACCUGGAUCCCCGGACGGUCGAUGGGCACGCGCCGGCUGCCGGUCCUAGUAGGACGGUGACUGCCGAAACGGAUUCGGACGGUGUGGCACCCCAAAGUGGUGCGGCUGACACAGCGGAUCCAUCGAGGCCUCCGGAAGACGCACGCGAGGCGGUGCGCCGUGCCACACUUGCGCGUUUUGGAACGCUUUCCAAAAAGGAUGUGGCUCCUGCGGCCGACGUGCCUACACCGAGUCGGGCCCCCGACCUUGCGGCGCCCACCGUACCUGCAUGUGAACCGAUCACUUUGGAUGCGUCGCACACGGCGCCUGUCGAACAGGGUCCUGCCGAGCAGGUCGAUCAUGGAUCCGCUGCGCCCGCGGCGCCUGCUACUGCCUCCGCCGCGCCCGCGGCUGGGGCUGCCGGUGCACCCCCGGCGGCGCCGAUGCUGAUUCCCUUGUUCGACCCGGCAACCGUCCCCAACUUUGCUCCGACACACACGGCGCAUGCGCUUCCGGGCUGGGUAGGCACCUCCCCUCCUGCGUCUGCGUCUCACGAUACCCAACUGCACGAGCAGCUGCGGCUCUUGCAAGAGUCGCAAAUCCAGAUGCAGCAAUCCAUCGCGCGGCUGGCCGAUGCGCUACAGUCUUCUGACAAAGGCAAAGCACGCACUAGCGAGGAGACAUAG